CUCUCUCUCUCUCUCUUCUUUCCCUCUUCCAUUAACUUUCUCUCUCCGACUUCAAAAAACAAAAAAGAGAACUCGCCGCAAAAGCCAAAACCCCAUUUCUGCAUUCCCAUUUUUUAUGUCUUAAUUAAAAUUAAUUAUAAUUAUAAUUCUUCAAAACGAAUUCUUGGUGUGCCCCAAAUGCAAGCCCUUGAUCUUCCAUGUAACCCUACCGUAGUCCCUACCGCACCCGAUUCCUCCGCCAUGUCCGACAACACCUCCUCCCCGAUCCACCACCACCACCACUCCUCCUCCUCCAAGAACCUCGGCAAUAACAACAAAACCCAUGUGGAGAACGCCGCCGAUAACGGCGGCAGUGUCAAGAACGGCAGUGUUGGUAAAAUUAGUGACGGUGUUAGUAACAGCAGUGCAGUUGCAGUUGCAGUUGCUGCUAGGAGGGAGAGGCCGUCAAGGGCGUGCACUCAACGCGCCGCUGCGAAGAUGCAGGCGGCUGCAGAGGCUGAGGCGGCAAUGGCGGAGGCGGAGAGGAAGAGGAAGAAGCCUAGAAAGAAGGAAAAAGUAUUGAGGGAGGAGAUUUUUGAGGAGGAGGAGGAAGAAGAGGAGGGGGUGGAGGAGGGGGCGGAGGAGGAGGGGGUGGAGGGUGGGCCCCCUUCGUCUUCACGAUGCAGUAAGAUAGUUACGCCUCUGGUCGGAGAAUUGGAGCCCUCUCAGUUGCCACGGUGGAACAUACGGUCAAUGUGGCAGUUGGCUUCUAUUCUCAAUUUCUUGAAUGUUUUCAGGCCUUUAUUGAAUAUUAAAGUGGAGUUUUCCGCCGAGGAGUUCGAGACUGCUUUGAUUAGUCCGAACAACACUUUGGGGGAUGUACAUAUGCCUUUGUUAAAGGCAAUUCCUCCCGUCACUAGAAUGGCACUCGGGCAUGGUACCUGGGUGACUGUUUUGUGCAGAAAAUUGCGAGAUUGGUGGCAUUGGGUUGCUGAAGGAGAUUUACCGAUAGUUGCCGCACAUGGGGCUGAAAUCGAAGCAUACAGUGCACUCGAUCCUGCAGUUAGAGUGGUGAUUCUCAAAGCAUUAUGUGAUAUUCGAGUCGAGCAAGAAGAUAUAAGGAACCAUAUAGACGGCUCAAUAAAACACGGUGUUCACCUUUCUGCAUUUCGAAAAGAACGCAUAGGUGGCGAUUCUAGCGGCAUCUCGUAUUGGUAUGAAGAUGAUCCGGUCAUCGGUCAUCGAUUAUACCGAGAGAUUAGGAAAGUUGAGGUUAAAAAAGGAAAAGGAAAGAACGUUCCCCAAAUACCUCAUUCAUCUUAUCAAUGGGAAGCAGUUGCAACUAAUUUAGACGAAUUUCUCGAUGUUUCUGAGAAUCUGUUUACCAGCAAAAACAGAACGGAGGUUUCUGUCGGGAAGAAACUGAAAAACGACAUGCUCCCGGAAAUCGAGAAGGUCCACAAGAGGAAAGAGAAACUGUUGAAGAAACAGCACAGACAAGCGCUUAUGCUUGAUAACAUGAUGAAUAUCGAUGGUCUUGCUGCUGGACGCUCUCUUCGUGAUCGAAAACCCGUUACUUAUACUUUCGAUGAUUACGAUCGAUCAAUUAACGAGGCUAUAAAAGUCACCAAGAACAAACCGCCAUCUGCAGAACCUUACGAAGGAAGAGACCCUCUUCCAAAACUCGAAAAUUCCUCAAACGGUAGAUGGGGGGGCGGUGGCCCCUCACAACAAUUUUCACGUCAAGACCAAUUCAGCGCCCUUUCUCCCGAAUCAUUCGAAAACGAAGAUUUUUACGACAACCAACAAAACGAGACAUUGGAUCGCAGCAACCGAAGAAGGCAAAAGCCUCAAAGGUACUCCAUGAAAGAGUUUGUCGAAGCUGUAUCAGAAAACGAAGCGGAUUUCGAUAGUGACGAUGAUAUAGUCGGUGAAGUUGUGUACGAUGAGGAAUAUUUAAAAAGAAGGAAGCAAAUAAAGAGGGGUUCGAGUAGUUCGGAAGGUGACGAGGAAUACCAUGGCGAAGAAGAAAAUCAAGAAGAGGAAGAAGAAGAGGAAGAAGAGGAGGAAGAAGAUGAUAGUAUGAACACAAGUGACGAAAGUGACGAUAGUAAUAAUAAAUUUCGUCGAUUCAAAAAAAUGGAGGGAAGAACUAGGCGGGAAACUAAAAAAUCAAGAUCGGUUGACGAGCUUCAAUCGGGUCUUAGGCGGAGUAAAAGGGCGAAAACUAUAAAUCACAUCGAUUACAGACAGUUGGAGAUGUCUGAAUCAGACAGCGAACCGAUGAAAGUUGGUGAUGAAUUAGAGGAGUACUACGACGGGAGUGAUAAUAAUAAUAAUAAUAAUAAUAUGAAUAGUAAUGGGGAGUUUUCUAGGGGUAGUAGUGGAAAUUCGGAGGAGGAAAAGAUUAUUAAUAAUAAUAAUAAUAAAGAGGAGAUAAAUGCUUAUCGGCCUCCAUUCGAUAAUAACCAUCUUGAAAUUGUGGACACGAAGAAAGUGGACCUUCCGGAAGAAUCUUCGAAGAGCGGAGAAGAAGAAACCGGUGGUGUGAGCAAAAGAGGGUUUCCCGAUUUGAACGAGCUUGCUCCGGGUUCUGGGUUUGAUGAGGGUCCCACAUCGAUUAAAGACGAAGAUAAUCAUGACUUUUAAAGACUCGACGGGAGAGAGGAAAACGCUGAUUUCGACGGUAGAUUAUUGUUUUUUAUUUAUUUUAUUUCUAUUAUGUUGUAAUGAGAGUUGUUUCUUUGGUGGGAGCAACUUGUUUUUUUUUUUUUUUGGUGGAGUUUGUGUAGAUGUAGUCCAAUUUUUUUAGUAAUGCCUACAUUAGUGGGGAAGGAGAGAAAAAAAAAAUCAAGAAAUUACAACUUUCUAGUCAUUGUACAAUAUAACUUUCUAACUAAUAUUUUGUAACAAAAGAUCAUCUUGUUAGAUGCUAUUUGCCUCA